CGUUGACGUCGGUCUUUCUCCGGUGGCGGAGCCGAGAGGGGGAGAAGAAGUCUUUCUUUUUAUCGCCGUCUUCCUAUCGGAAACCGAGUGAUAUGUCUGCCACACUCGGGAGACGUCUGCCCACUGUUAUCCGUCGCUCUGUGGGCGGCUUUUCAUUCAGCGCGGCGGCAGUUUCAACCCACGAGAGAAGCUAAACGGCGGAGGACGAGGAAAGAGGAAGAACCGGAUCCGCUUUUUUCUGUCUUCUGUCCGGUGAUAUGUCGACUUGUUGGCUGUUUUCUUACGUCCUUCCUGCCUGGUGAAGUGUGGGAACUUAUGAGCGAGCGAGCGAGCGAACAGUGAGGUGUCUGUUUUCCCUUUUAACCCUCACUAGCGAGCCGCUAUCUGAGAACUAACCAGAAUCAGUGCUGCGUUAACGAGCCGCCGGGAUGGUGCCAUAGUGGGGCCAAACCGGGAGGAAGCGGGCGGUGAAGCAGUCUGGACUAUUGUUUCAUGAUCAGCCGUGAUGCUGAACGACACCAGAUGUAGCCAACCUUCAUCCGCUUAAGCUGAAUCACCGUGUUGGUGAUCUGUGCUGCCUUCACGGACCGUGACAAUGAGGAUUGUAUGAGGAGAGAAGCUGAUUGUUUGAUUCCUGGUGGUACUGACGGGCGGAAGAGGCUCGUCUCGGUGUGUUCUUGGUGAUUAAGCAUUCUCUCCCGGCCGGCGGAACAAUCUCAGGGACCAAAAUGUCUUUACGCACGGCGCUUCCUGGCAACGAGAGGAACCCGGAGCAUCACACCUCACUCUCAGCCAGCCGCUCGGAGAAGGGCACCGGAUGGUCGAGCCGCUCACUCGGCGCCCGGUGUCGGAACUCCAUCGCCUUGUGCUCGGACGAGCAGCCGCAUAUUGGGAACUACCGUCUUCUCAAAACCAUCGGCAAAGGAAACUUCGCCAAAGUGAAACUGGCCAGACACAUUCUGACCGGCAGAGAGGUUGCAAUUAAGAUCAUCGACAAAACACAACUGAACCCAACCAGUCUACAGAAGUUGUUUCGCGAGGUACGCAUCAUGAAAACCCUCAACCACCCCAACAUAGUCCAGCUGUUCGAGGUGAUCGAGACAGAGAAGACUCUUUACCUGAUUAUGGAGUACGCCAGCGGAGGCGAAGUGUUCGACUACCUCGUGGCUCACGGAAGAAUGAAGGAGAAAGAGGCCAGAGCCAAGUUUCGUCAGAUCGUCUCCGCAGUGCACUACUGUCAUCAGAAGAACAUCGUUCACAGGGACUUGAAGGCAGAGAAUCUGCUCCUAGACGCCAACUCCAACAUCAAAAUAGCUGAUUUCGGCUUCAGUAAUGAGUUCACCGCUGGCAGCAAACUGGACACAUUCUGUGGUUCCCCGCCUUACGCUGCCCCGGAGCUCUUCCAAGGGAAGAAGUACGACGGCCCUGAGGUGGACAUCUGGAGUCUGGGGGUCAUCCUGUACACGCUGGUCAGCGGUUCGCUCCCGUUCGAUGGACAGAACUUGAAGGAGCUGCGAGAGCGAGUAUUGAGAGGGAAGUACCGAGUUCCCUUCUACAUGUCCACAGACUGUGAGGGGAUCCUGCGCCGGUUUCUGGUCCUUAACCCGACUAAGCGCUGUUCGCUGGAGCAAAUAAUGAAGGACAAGUGGCUGAACAUCAGCUACGAGGGGGAGGAGCUGAAGCCUCACACGGAGCCCGAGGAGGACUUCAAUGACAGCAACCGCAUCGAUGUGAUGGUGGGAAUGGGCUUCACCCGAGAAGAGAUCCGUGACUCCCUGGUCUCUCACAAGUACAACGAGGUGACAGCGACGUACCUGCUGCUCGCUCGCAAGACAGAGACGGAGAGCAGUGUAUCUCGGUCAGGCAGCAGUCUGAGUCUUGCCCGGGUCCGACCCGGAACCAUCACCAAUGGUACCAGCAAGCACUCCACCUCCUCCUCGUCCUCUGGAGCUCAGUCCUCUUCGUCUGGCCAUAAGGCGCAACGGAGCGCCUCCACCUACCACCGCCAAAGACGCCACUCAGACUUCUGUGGUCCAAGUGUCCCGGGUACGACACAUCCCAAACGCAGUCCCAGCGGCGUUGGCGAGGGGCUGAAGGAGGAACGGCUGUCCAUACGAAAGCCCAGCACCAGCACCGUGGGCUCUCGUAGCAUACCGACCCCCUCCAGUCCCAUGGUCAGUUCUGCUCACAACCCCAAUAAAGCCGAGAUACCCGACCGACGCAAGGAGGCCAACUCAACAACGAACAACAUCCCUGCUAGUGCCAUGACUCGACGAAACACGUACGUCUGCACGGACCGAUCCGGCACUGAUAGAUCGUCCCUGCUGCAGAACGGCAAAGAAAACAGCUCUUUAUCCCACCGCCUCCCACCUGCCUCCCCCUCCACUCACAGCAUCGCUGGAGCGUCGGGGGUCUCCUCCUCCACGCCCUCCUCCCGUCUCUCCAGGGGAACCACGGUGAGGAGCACUUUCCACGGAGGGCAGAUUAGGGACCGCAGGCCUCCGUCCCAUGCUCCCCCAUCUUCUCCCACGCCAUCCCACGAUUCUGGCUCCCUGCCCCACGCCAGGACCAGAGCCACCAGCAACCUGCUCAGCAAACUCACCUCCAAGCUGACCCGCAGGGUCACUCUUGACCCCUCUAAGCGUCAGAGCUCAAACAAAUCCAUGUCGGGCUGCACCCUCCCACAGGGGACAAAAACAGUUAGUAAGUCUUCCUUUCCCGUGUUUACUGGCUGCUGCUGCUGUCUGUCCGUCUCACUGUCUCACUGUCUGUCUGUCUGUCUGCCUCUUCACCACCUCUCACUCUUCAUCUGCUGCGGUUGGAGUUUAGUCUCAGGUGAAAACAAUCCAGACCCACUCAGCACUUUCUUGGAAUACUCAUCUCAAACUUGAUCUGAAUAUAAAAGAACUAAAGUAAUCUCAUCACAAACUGUAAACAACAGAAGCCUCCUUCAGUCUGAACACACCACAUGUCCAAAAAACAUGAAAUGAAUUGACAUUCAUUGGAACAGGCACAUCAAACAUGUCUCAUUUCAGGAUUUUGAUGGUGUUAAGCUGUUAUUUUGAAGCCAUAAUGAUAUAUAUGCUAUAUUUUAAAGCUAAAGACGUUUUUUGUGAUGAUUGGUUCCAUUUUGGAUGAUGGGUCAUUGUUGACAUUAGGAGCUGUUUGAUAACAGCGUCGGCCUCACAAAUUUACUGAAGGAGACCCUCACACAGCAUUCUGAGUCAGAACUGCUGUGAUGUUUGCUUGUUGGAAGUGUUCAGUGAUGAAGUGAUGAUUUGAAAAUGAACACAAACGAAUUGCGCAAUGGAGCAAUCGAGCAAGCACAUUUGGUGUCCCGGUGGAUAAAUGAAGCGCAUCCGUCCGUCAUCCAGAGCAAAAGUGAGGAUACAAUUAAACGUACUGUGAUUUCUUCUCUUAACCGUCUCACCAAAAACAAGUUCUCACUUCCUGAUGAUUGCUGACAUGUGCCGUUCAUGACGGUUUGCAUUUACACAGUUGUGACAUUGGGGGGGCCAGAAACAAAUAUCUUGAAGAGCUUGUUUCAUAUCCAACUUGGUUAUUUUAUAUUCUAAACUGAAAUAGAGAUAGAUUGUUAAAAGUAAAUUUCUACAUGAUGAUCAGACUGCAGUUCAUCAGUCAAAAUGCUAUUUGUAUUGGUGUAGCUUUAUGUGAGUCGUGGACUGAAAAUGACCAGAGAUUUUGGCUGUUCAGACUUGACAUAGUAUCAGGAAGAGUCUUGGGUCUGAUUUCUACCUUAAUAUGGUAGUAGCGUUUCUUCUUCUACCUCCCAUGGAUGCCAUGUUUUUUGUUUGGCAGUGAAGACAGGAAGUAGCUGGCAUCUCACGGUGGAAGUAUUUUCACUAUCCCUGUGUGAAUCCACCAUAAACAUGUCACAAUAAACCCAUGUCUAGAGGACACACUAGUCCAAUCUGGUGCUGAAGACUGUGACGGAGGAGGAUCAUGCUCUGUACUUCAUCAGAAGAUGAUGUUCUUUGAUGUGGCUAAAUCUCUGACCAGCAGCUGUCUGUCUCUCUGGCUCUGUCUGUCUACACGUGUGUCUCGCUGACUUCACCCUGACACUGUCACUGUAGGUUUGGAGGGUUUGGAAGGAACCCAGUAGUUUGGUAGCAGUGAGAUGUGUUUCUUAGAGAGUUCCGUUCCCUCAGGUGUAAGAGUUCUCAACUGAUUCAACAUUUGUUUGUGAGACAUUAAUGUCGUCUGCAAACCACAGAGCAGACGGUCAUAAUGUUAUGCCUGACUAUGUUGUGUAGUUUUUCCAUGUAACGGUUAAUUGUUGCUCAUCUACUCAAGGCAUUAUAAGACAGUUUUUUCCAGCUACUGCUUUGAUUCUAAUGAGUCAAAAUAUUAAAAGAAAAAUGUCACAUUGAGAUCUCUUUUUGUUACCAGAAAUAUAUAUUUUUUCAGAAAUCUAACGCUGGGGGGAGCAGCAGAUGCGUUUGAGGAGUCAGACCGACCAGUGUCACCGCGCUCUGAGAUCAGGAUUAGUUGUGUAACCGCGGAUUUAUCCUUUUCUUAACCAGGGAUCUCAGACGGCUCACCCUCCUGAUAUAAGACGAUUGGUCUGCUACAGUGCUGCCGCAUUCCUUCGUCUUUAUCUCACGUUCCAUUAUUCUCUUGCUGUUUUCGAGCCACCGCGUCAUUGCUUCCUGCCCUCGUGGGCUCGUGUCGCCAAGCUUGUGGCGAACAAACCUAUCUAUACUGCAACUUGUCGUCCCAGAGUUCUCUACUCCUGACUUAAUCCCUUGUCAAAUAUUUGAGCCCAAAUCCUGAGUUCACCGUCAGAGCUCACAAUGAUCCGAGUCUUGAUGCACUUCACCACUUCUUUUUGUGAUGCUACCAUGUUAGCUUCACCGGGUUUGGCGCUGCAGGGAUUAGCCUGAGCUCCGCUCGCUUCUCAGCAAAUCUUCAUGAAUUGCAUGCCUACCUGUUAAAAGCCAGAUGUCGCUGCCUAAUCCUCCAAAAGGCUCUUAAUUCUGCAGGAAUCCCCCUGCAGGUCCAGGUGGGGCAAUUAUUAAACAUAACGACUCAAUUAUCUGCCUGGGUUUACGUCACUUAAAGAUGAAUCUCUUCUGAGCUGUAAACUGUAAACAGAUAUAUUCUGUGGUUGUGCACAGGAGUGGUUCUCAACCUUGUUUCAGCCAUGAACCCCCAGUUAAAUCGGUUUUCAGAUGUAUGUAGCUGUGUAGCAGCAUGAACAACUCAAAUAGAAAAUGAUUUUCUUUUAAAUUAAUCAUUUUCUUUUAAAUAAUUCAUAUACUGUAUUCUAUUAAAGAUUAAAUUUGAGUACCUAAACUGGAACAUACAUUAUCCCAAACAAUGUUGUCGAUUAAAUACAAUUUAAUUAUUGUUCUAUUCAAGUGCUUUCCACUACCUGUAGGGGAACGCGUACCCCCGACGGGUGGAGGUCAUCAUUCUUAGGAACACGACCUCCUGGACUUUCUCAUUAUUUCAAUGGCUCCAGUGUUUCUCUGCCGCUCCCUUGUCCAGUGAGCUGGAGUCGGUCGACUGUUGCAUCACAGCAGCGGCCUCUGCUGUCGCUCUUGGAGAAGUGCAUCGUUACAGCGUAGUUAUCACCACUGACCUGAGUUAGACUGUGACACUGUUGGACUCCUCUUCUCGUCACCACCACCACCUCUUCAUCGAUUCAUUUUGCUGUUUCACACUCACUAGUGACGACCCAUCUGUUUAUCAGCCGACGUUUCGUGAUUGGUGGGUUGACGUAUUGCUGAUGCUGAGGGGCUUCAAGCUGUAGUCUGACUGGAAUGGACGGUGGGGGGUCUGAGUUAUGAGGCAGAUUGAGUUCUAACUGGUACGUUUGUCUUCUUGAGGGUCACAGACGAACCUGAGAGAAUCAGCAGAUCUCCGGUCACAAGGUAAGAACUCUCUUCAUACUCUCCUUUUAAUAGUCAUGGCUGACUGCAUGACUAAGAAAAAAGUCUGAGCUGUGCGCGAUAAUGGCGCCGGUGAACGGGAGGCAGGAUUGUAGCGACAACAGACCUGGGUUGAUCUUUAAGUGACCUGGGUCUGUGCUUCCUCUCAGCCGCAGCAUCGUCCUCGUCUCAGUCGCACAUUAAGAACAGCAGGUAAAGCUGUAUCCAAAUAACAAGGCUAGCAGUGUCAUGUGACUGUUGGUGGUGGUUCCUUGAUGUGCUGCUAGAAGCAUCCUGGUUAAAGACCCCUCCCCUUUUCUCUCCCCUUCAACACGCUAGUCCACAUUCAGUCGUGUUUUAAGGAAGUCCUUCCAAAUAUUGACGUUUGCUAGAGUCACCUUAAACUUUCUAGUCAUAACCUCUUUGACCCACCAGUUUAGUUUGAGAAACACGAUCACACGUUUGUGUAAUGAUGUCUGUUUUUGACAGAAUAUCUAAAUGUUACACUUUCAUUUUUAUUCCAUGGCUGCUCUGCUUCUAUUUAAUUUUGUUUUCAAAAGUGAAAUUUAGAUUAUAAUUUCCACCGACUCUCUUCCCGUCCCGAUCCAAGGCCGACUUGUGAGCUCCUGUUUAAGUUCUAAACAAGUUUUUUUUUAUUUGUUAUUAAUUGUGUUUCCCCCUCCCCAUCACUCAAUCAUCAAUCUGUCAUUCUUUCCUCCUCUCUUUCAUGCACGUUCAUCCCUCCAUAUUAUAACCCCGCCCCCUCCUCUGGGCUCCCCAACUUCACUGUGCUCCCUCUUCCAUCCUCACCCGCCCCCUGCUGCCUCCCCUUCCUUGUCCUUCCAGUCGCCAUCUAUCUGGGCAUCAGAAAGCCGUCGAGCCCCGGACCCCCCGAUGCGGAUGGGAUGUGAGGGUGCGUAGCCCCCGCGACCCGGCCGAGGUGGUUCUGGCGCUGCGUGAGGCGGCGCAGGGCUGCGGAUGCCAGGUCCAUCUGGCCG